UUAAUGCAUUUGAAGCUACCCGUUUAAACGCGCCAGAGAACAAAACCUACACAACCGCCGGUUGCCGCCCAUACCAGCCACCUCUUUCGUUCACAUUCGCCCAUUUUCUGUUAUAUGUGAAACCUGUUCAUAAAUUUGACCAGCAGAUGCGGAGGUAAAAUUUGAAAAGUGAAACACUGGCGGCAACUUUACUAAACUCACCAAAAGAGCUGAUAUGAGUGAUCCAGCAAGUGAAUCAAAUGACACGCAUUCAAGCUCUCAAGAAUCUCAAAAGCCCCAGAUUGAGCCUAUUCGGAUGCCUACCGUGGAGGAAAUAAGGGGCCAAGACAUUUGGAACAACUGUGCUGUUCGCAGUGUUGUUAGCGGAGUCAUGGGAGGGGGGCUCGGUUUGUUCAUGGGUCUGUUUCUGGGGGCACUAGAUAACCCAAUAAUGCAAGAGGAAAUGACAACGAGGCAACAACUUGUAUACCAAGCAAAGCAGAUGGGUAGGAGGAGUUGGAGUUCCUGCAAGACUUUUGCUGUUAUGGGUUUGGUUUUCUCUGCUGCUGAAUGUGUCGUUGAGAAGGCACGGGCAAAGCAUGACAUGACAAAUACAGCAGUUGCAGGGUGUGUAACAGGAGGCACAUUAUCAGCUAGAGGUGGACCGAAAGCUGCGUGUGCAGGUUGUGCUGGUUUUGCUACAUUUUCAGUUUUGAUAGAGAAGUUCUUGGAUAGAUAUCACUAAUCCAAGUAAGUAGACAAUAUGGAUCAUUUCUCAGCCUGUGACAAUAGAAGUUACACCAACCUACAUAUAUUUAUAAUCACAUUAUUUUUGCCCCCAAAAUCACAAGCUUAAUUAUGCCCCUUACAUGAGGGAUGAGCAAUGUUGUAAACAUGCCACUAACUUUAUACGUCAUAUUUACCCUCUGUGCACUCCUUGAAUUCUUGCUGGUCCCAGAACUGGGAAAAUGUAGCAUUUAUUUAGACACAUUUUGAGACAUUUUUGUUUAAUAAGGUAGUUAGGUUUAUGUCCCGUUUGUACUGUAUGUAUACUUUCUUUUACUCUCCACUGAAAAAUGCUAGCUUCUUAGCUAGUCAAUUUAGCCAUUAGAAGAUGGGAAAACAAUAUAAUGGUUGGGAUUAUUAGGUAUGGCUAA